AUGUGGCGAACGUCUACUUGUUUGCGGUCAAAUGCACCGAAGAGAGCUGUCAACCGCUCUUCCAGAGCUCUAUUUACGAAGGGACUCGGGUCGUCGCCACCGAACGUCCGGGCGUGUUUGAGUCACCCAAAAUGCGCUCAUUCCACUAGCACGUUGUCUCGAUGGGUUUCAGGCGCGGCUGCACUGAGACCACAAUCAAAUCCCGAAGGCUCCUCUGCAGCCAGGGAUCUUCCAGUUAGUAGGAUAGACGACCGGAAGGUCGUAAUUGGCUGGGAUACGCAUACGUGGACCCGAUACCAUCAUAUCUGGCUCCGGGACCACUGUCGAUGUUCCCAGUGUUUCCACCCUGUGACCAAACAGCGCCUUGUCAAUACAUUCGAGAUUCCACCGGAAAUCAAGCCAGUGAACGUCGAAUCCAAAACAGAUGGCCUAGAGGUUACUUGGCCAUCAUCACAACCUCACACUUCUUUCUACCCAUGGUCAUGGUUACAAGAAAACUCGUAUGACCCACCAAUGCAUCAAACACCACCUACCGAAAAAAUCCUUUGGGGAUCCAAAAUUCAGCAAUCCCCGCCAACCGUAACGUUCGAAGAAGCAAUGUUAGAAGAUGACCGAGGUGUAUUUAAAUGGCUGUCGAACAUUGACAAGUUCGGUUUUUCUUUCAUCACAGAUGUCCCUCCAACGCCGGAGGCGACUGAGGAGCUCUCCCGUCGUAUUGGAUUUAUCCGCGAGACACAAUACGGGACAUUCUGGGACUUCACCUCGGAUCUUGCCAAGGGUGACACCGCUUAUACCACACUAGCACUCGGUGCGCACACCGAUACUACCUACUUCACAGAUCCCUGUGGUCUACAACUAUUCCACCUGCUGUCGCAUACCGAUGGCACGGGCGGCGCAACUCUUCUUGUAGACGGUUUCUAUGUUGCGUCAAUUUUGAAGGAGCUGCACCCUAGAGCUUACGAAUUGCUGUCUACCGUUCCCGUACCUGCACACGCCGCUGGCGAACCUAGUGCUCUGUAUACCCCUAGUAUGGGCGGCUCUCCAGUUCUAAAGCACGAAGGAGGACAGCUGGUCCAGGUUCGCUGGAACAACGAUGACCGCAGUGUGAUGCGGAACCUAGAACCUGGAUUGGUCGAGGAAUGGUACGAUGCGAUCAGAUUGUGGCAGAAGUUCCUUACGAGCUCCGACUCCGAGUAUUGGGUGCAACUUUCGCCGGGCACUUCAGUCGUCGUGGAUAACCACCGCGUGCUCCAUGGGCGAUCUGCCUUCAGUGGCAAGCGGCGAAUGUGCGGCGCAUAUAUCGGCGUGGACGAGUAUCGCUCCCGUCUUGCGGUUCUCGCUGAGAGGUUCGCCCCUGAUGCCGUGGUGCGUGACACUACGCCUUAUGCAAGUGUCAAUGGACGGAGCGUGUGGAACCCCGCCCUUUGA